AUCAAUCUAAAAUAUCAGGGUUUUUAUAUUUGUUUUCAAUAGUGGUUUACUUGGUAAAAUGACAGAUUAUACGACUGACGAUGUUUUUAUUUCUCCUCCGCCCGAUGGCGGAUACGGUUGGGUGGUUGUGUUUGCAUCAUUUAUGAUCCAGCUCCUGUCCAUUGGGACAACUUAUUCGUUUGGGGUCUUAUACGUGGACUUUCUGGAUUUCUUCAAAACGAGGAGAUCUGAUACAGCAUGGAUUGGAUCAUUGCAACCGUGUUUGUUGUAUCUUACUGGUAUAUUUGGUGGUCCGAUCAUAAAGCGUGUAGGUUGCAGACCAGUCGCUGUGAUUGGUGCUCUAAUAAGUGCAUUUGGCAUGACAUUGAGCGCAUCAGCAAAUCACAUUGCAGUAUUGUAUCUAACGUAUGGGAUCUUAACAGGAAUCGGAAAUGGUCUGAUGUAUAUAGCGGCAAUAGUGAGUGUGCAGUAUUAUUUUGAACGUCGACGGAGCUUUGCAACAGGCAUCUCGGUGGGUGGCUCAGGAGCGGGAAUGUUAGUGUUCGGUGUUGUCACCAGGUGGCUUCUUCAACACUAUCAUUGGCGUAUCACGCUUCUAAUAGAGGGCGCUCUAAUGUUGCUUGGUAUCGUUUUUGGUGCUCUUCUACUCCCUUUACCGACACAGACGGUACGAAUAGACAAACAUAAGCUGACGAUCGAUGAAAAUGAGAACGAUUCAACAAAAGAAAAUAAGAAAAAAGAGAGGUCUUGGUUCUGUAAUGGAUGUUCCAACUGUGCAGAAGUGAUCCACAUUAUCUUGAAGGACGCGAUUGACCUAUCACCGUUCAGGAACCCAUGUUUUGUACUUUUCUGUUUUGCCUUUAUGCUGUUUUGCUUCGGAUAUCACGCACCAUUUGCCUAUACGCCAGAUCGUGCAAUUGAAUUAGGAGAGUCUUCAUUUAGAGCAUCAUUACUGGUCUCAAUCAUCGGUAUGUCCAAUCUCGUCAGCCGCUUAGGAAUCGGUUGGUUUACGGAUUACAACGAAAAGGUUCGCUUUUAUGUCGGCGGGAUAACGCUGCUUCUUAGUGGCGUUGCGUCCCUGUUGAACCCAUUCGCUACAUCAUACAUACCUAUGGUGAUCUACGCCGUCUGGUUUGGAACCCUGUCUGGAAGUUUCGCAUCGCUGUUUCCUGUUAUAUUGGUAGACCUUUUUGGAAUGGAUCUAGUGGAGAAAUCUGUAGGACUCACUCUAGCAACUUCAUCCAUUGCCUUCUUAACAUCGUCCCCUUUAUGCGGUUGGAUUAUUGACGCUACUGGUAGCAUAGACGCACCAUUCUACGUUGCUGGAGCAACACAAACUUUAGGUGCUGUACUUUACUUCAUGUUACCAUUCUGUAGAAAUACGCAACAAAGAUCAGAAUAUGAGGCUAUCUCAUCAUCCAAUGACGUCAAAGAUGCGAGGAGAGGACGAUUGACAUCACCAUCAUUUGCAUAAAUUCUAGCUUGAACUGUUAAUGUAUGUUACUUGUUACUGUUGUUUUAGAAAUACUUGUUAACGGUCAUGUAGUGUGACUUCUAUGUUUAAGAGACAAUAAAUGAUUUAUUUUAACAAACUUUGUGUGAUAAUUGAUCUAAUUCAUAAAUUGUAUAAUUUAUUUAGAUCUUAGAAAGCUGUGUAUUUAUUCAUUUGUUGGAAGAAAUGACAUUAUGGUAUACUAUUAGGAAACUUAGGAAAAACUACUGAAACGUUUACAGACUACAAAACAAAAUUACACUGUUUUUUCGAACGAAAAUACACUAUGCAUUUCCAUGUAGUACAUGAAGCAACGACUGGAAACAAUGAAUCUACGCAGUCCUUUGCAUUGAUUGUUCAAGUUAAGGAUAAAUGAUGACAUAAUUAACUUUAGGUUAGAGAUGACGCGAAUAAAGGGGAAAACGGAACUGUAUAAGAUUUGUUUAUAUUAUAAGUUACACAAG